CUCGUGUAUUUUAUAAUCAUCAGUUAGACAUCGUCUCUUAACUUUGUUACAUCAUGAAAUCCUUCGUAGCCAUCCUCGCCCUCGUGGCCGUCGCCGCCGCCGAUGUGUCCCACCUCUCCUCCGUGCGCACCGCUGACACCCAAGCCGUGAUCGUCGGACAGGAAGCUGAUGUCUUCCCCGACCAGUACAGAUACGGUUACGAGACCAGCAACGGCAUCAAGGGCGAAGAAAGCGGUGUCCUCAAGAACGCUGGCCGCGAGGAUGAAGGUCUCGAAGUUCAAGGAUCUCACUCUUACAUCGGCAAUGACGGUCAAACUUACUCCAUCAAAUACAUCGCCAACGAGAACGGUUACCAAGCCCAGGGUGCCCACCUCCCAACCCCCGUCCCAGUCCCAGAGUACAUCGUGAGGGCUCUCGACUACAUCGCAGCCCACCCCCCCAAGGUUGAAGGCUCCAUCAAAUACUAAAUUUAGAUUUUAAGGAUUUUUGUUAUACAUGCUAAACACUGCCAUUCUUGUUACCUCUAGUCCCCCCGUUUAAUGGAGCAAUAAAAGGUUUACAUUUA